GCUCUUCCUCCUCACGUAUAAACACUCCCCACUCUUCCAAAUUGGUCUCCGUAAACACUUUCCCGACUCACGCAAAAACCCACCCCCGUCGCUCGAUCAUUUGUUCAUUACCACUCAACACAUUGCACAAUGGAAAUCCAACUCCUCAAUAGAAAUGACCGCCUCGUUCUCCUCCUGCUCGCCGUCGCCGACUUGGCAGUGGUGCAGGGGCAGCAAUCGUCUCCACCGGGGCCACCGGGCUACUACACCAACUUCAACCCGUCCGUGGCGAUCGUCAUCGUCGUCCUCAUCGCGGCCUUCUUCUUCCUCGGCUUCUUCUCCAUCUACAUCCGCCACUGCUACGGCGACGGCGCGGGCUACUACAGUACCAACCCGCUCACGAACGGCGCCGGGGCCGCCGCGCGCUCGCGGCGCCAGCGCGGGCUCGACGCGGCCGUCCUCGAGACCUUCCCGACCAUGGCGUACGCCGACGUGAAGGCGCACAAGGCCGGCAAGGGCGCGCUCGAGUGCGCCGUCUGCCUCAGCGAGUUCGACGACGACGAGACGCUCCGCCUUCUACCCAAGUGCUCCCACGUGUUCCACCCGGACUGCAUCGACACGUGGCUGGCCUCGCACGUCACCUGCCCCGUCUGCCGCGCAAAUCUCAUCCCCGACCCCAACGCCCCGGCCGGCGACGUGCCUGAGCUACCGACUCCCGCGCCGCAGCCGCAAGAACUGCCGUCGUCCGCGCCGGAUGCUGCGCCAGGGCAGACGGCGGUGGUCAUUGACGUGGAGGAGACAGAGGAGGAGAGGAUAAUCAGAGAGGAGGCCGCCGAGCUAAUGCGCAUCGGCAGCGUCAAGCGCGCGCUGCGUUCCAAGUCCGGCCGGGCGCCCGCACGGUUCCCGCGCUCGCACUCGACAGGGCACUCGCUCGCGGUACCGUCAGGUGGAGAAGGCGCCGGCGCCGAGAGGUUCACGCUGCGGCUGCCCGACCACGUGCUCCGCAACCUUGCCGCGGCGGGGAAGCUCCAGCGUACCACGAGCCUCGUCACGUUCCGCGCCAGCCGCGAUGGCAGCACGCGCCGCGGCGUGAGGAGCAUCCGGCUGGGCCAGUCCGGCCGGUGGCCGUCUUUCCUGGCGCGCACCUUCUCCGCGAGGCUCCCAGCCUGGGGGUCGCGGUCGACGCGGCGGGGCACCGAGGCCGACGGGUCGAGCAAGGGCGGCAAGGCGGCCGGCGCCGGCGGGAACUCAGCGGAGUGCGACGACCAGGCGUGCGCGCCAGGACAACGUGUUUGACUUCGACGAGGUCUCUCUGUCGUGGUCAAUCGGUGUCUGCUGGAAAAUUCUCGGUGCUUUCGUCGCCAACUCGCCGUCGUGGUGGAAAAUUCUCGGCCAUGGAAUUUCGGAGGCAAAUUAAAGGUUUGGUCGCGAUCAUUUACUGGGUGCGCGUUCGAUUAUUUUUUUUCUUCAAAAACAUGUACAUAUAAAUCGUGUGAUAGAUUCUGAAUCGGUUCGCGUUCGAGUUUUGACACCUGCUUAAGAUAAAUCGGGGUUUUCUGCACAUCCGAUCUUUCAUUUUUUUUCUAAAUCGUGUGAUACCAUGGCAAAAUGGCAUUUUUUUUGUCUGUACUUUGUAGGAUAGUUACCGAUGUUGUAAGCAACUAAUCAUAUUCCAUAAAGUAUAUGAUAUCAUGCUGGAUUGGUACC